CCACCGAAACCACCAGCCACCUCCCACCUCCACCCACCUAUGCUACGAAUCCCAUCCCCUGGCGAACCAAUGCUCACCACCUCGCCCUCGGAGAUGCCCCCUACCGUACAGCACACGUGGCAACUCGAGUGCUGGGGGCGCGGGUGGGCGUGGGCGGGAUGUGAGGGCGCCAGCGACGGGUGGGGGAACGUGUCGCUGGUCCCCCUGAGGCAGCGCGCGGUGGAGGUGACCUGGGUGUGGCCGGAGUGGUCUGACGGGCAGGUGGUUGUCCCUCAGAGCCCACCUGUUGAGGAUCUUCGCUACCAGGUGGAAUAUGGACCCCUUGAUGCCCCGUUCAUGUUGGGUCGUGUUGGCGGCAGCAGUCGGGGCGUCACGCUGGAGGAAGGCGUCGAACCCUUCACCACGUACGAAGUGAAGCUGACCACGGACGCGAUGGCCAACACGUCCGCCAUCUUCUUCCAGAUCAUAGAGACUGUGACGGAGCCAGGGGCGGGGACGGUAAGAGCGGAGGAAGUCCUCUUGGUCGUCUUGGUGCUGGCGCUGUGGGCGGUGGCGAUUCUCCUCUUCUUCCACAGGUGGGGUAAGAUACGGAUGCUGGAGCCCUACCAACCGGAGUACAAGGCCCUGAACCACUCCCCGGCAUGCCCCCUGGCCCCCACCACGCCCACGCAGUCACAGCCGCGCCCGCAGAACGCUAAGCCGCUGCUGCCGAGAAAGAGUUCCUCCCUGUGCUUCACGCCCUCCAUGCUGAGAUCGGUGCACGUGCCCCCCGCCUGCCGCAUCAGCGUGCCCCACAUUGACCAGACGCCCGUGCACCGCUGCUUGCGCCCCGCCCACCAGAGCCCCGCUACCCACGCCGCCCUCGCCCGCCACCGCCUCCGCCUCGCCUCAGACUCGCUGGACCAGAGUAGCUCCGGGCAGCCACACGUGCAGGUGGAAGUGUCCAGGAAGGUGCGCAGCGCAGAGAACCUGAGGCACUACCGCAUCGCCGCCACCUACAGUCGCGGAUACAGCGAGGAGAGCGCCGUGCGGGUGUUGGGAGGACAGCCGAGCUUCGGGGACGGCCCCGGCGUCCACCACCACUCGUUGGCUCGGCGCCGCUCCUGCCAGAGCCAGAGCCUGGACCUGGAGCACUACCGCUCCACCACGCCGGGGCCCCAGGACGCCGUGUCGCGGGGCCGCAGCCUGGAUAGCACCUCCGUCAGCAGCCUGCGCCGCUCCCCCACGGCGGGUCCUUCCUGGGCGGCCGCAGAGCCCGCCUGCACUACGCCUGAGCUGCGCGUGUCGCCGACGCCGCCAGAAGUGGGCCCACACCACACCCACGCCCACUUGUUACUACAGCGGCAGGAGACCAUCAUGGACGACACGUCGCUCUUCCCGGUGCCAUACGCCACGCUGCUCGAGGAGGAGGUGGAGAACGACGCAUAGCCGCUCCUGCACGCCGGGGGUCGCCGCACCCCGCCGCGGUGCACUCCGCCCGGCGGCGGCGAAGGCGGAGACAAGACAAGGAAGGCGUUGACCGGAAGCAACAAAGUGUAACAGUUUCCGCGCGUGACGGCGAGGCGCCAUGCACACUGCUCACGUUUCUUCCCUUUGGGCGGCGCCUGAGAACAAAGGCCGCGGGUGAGGCCGCAGCGACGCGGCGUCAAAUGGACGGACAAUUGAGUGUCGUGACACAAUACCGUUGUACAGUCUGACGCUUCACUUUUGUUUUAGCCAAAUACACCUUUUGUAUUCCUCCCGCGUAGCCUCUUUGUUUCCCGUGAGCUUUGUUAGCAUUGUCAUUACUAGCUUUUACAGGUGGCCACACAGGUGUCCUUUUUUAUCCACCAUUAAUUAGUAGUAUCGGGUCGACCGUGCUCGCGGCGACGAGAAACACAACUGCCGGCGAGCGGCGGCAGCCUCGCUUCCAAGAUCAAAACCUUCCACGUCCCGGCUCCGUGAGAACGAUAAACCACUAAACACAUGACGUGAACUUGAGCAACAUUCCGGCGACACGACGAUCAGAGGGCGGCGACUGGCGAGGAGGGACGGGGAGGGACGCCACGGGUGAGGCAGGGAGGAGAGCAAGGGAGCGAGGCAGACAGGAAAGGAAAGGGGCAGGGAGCGAGGUAGGCACGAGAGAGUGAGAGCGUGGCAGGCAUGAGACCAUGGAGGUAGGAGUAGCGCAGCAGCAGGCAUAGCGUGCGAGGUGAGGCGGGCGGCGGGCCGGGUGGUGGCGGGCAGACGGGGAGGCAGCGGCGGGCGGCGCAGGCAGCGGUGAAUGAUGGCUAAAGAUUUUCUUCAAUAUUUAUCGCCUCCGACGCGGGAUAUUCGCCUCGGGGAUACAAUACACGGAAGGGAGGGAAAAUUUCGACACCUGACACGCAUUUUGCAAGGCGGAGAAAGACUAUUGGGAAGCGAGAAGAAAAAAGGCACAAAACAUUAAUUGGCAAUCUCCGCAGAGACAACGAGGGAAGCUUCGAAGCGCCGAUGAUUCAUUUUCGAACCAACAACAAAUACACGAGAAAAACCUAAUCAUACCCAAUCACACAAGCAUUUUAAACAGCAAGAACAAUAAAAGCAAAACAAACAGUACCAAACCAAACCAAACAAGCACACACAAUGGAGAACAAAACAAGAAAGACUAAUACGUAAAAAGUCGGUUCAGUUAUCGUGUUUUUUCGAGCAUAUAAGAGAGACAAAGGGAGGAGGGGAGUGAGAGGGCGAGAUGAGAGCUUGUCAGUAGUUGCCGGCGGGAGUCAAGGUCUGUGAGUGAUGUGAGCGAGGGCAGGGCGAGGAGCGUCACCCAUGUAUCUAUGGACGCGUGUGCUUGUGUUUGGACAGCGCUGUGACGGCCUGGCGUGCUGCGGGAUGUGAAGUAAGUAACGUGUCAUUCUGUGUUGAUUUGAAGGGAUCACGCGUGGCGGUGUGCUGGGAGCGUGUCAUUCUGCGUUGGUUGCUUUGAGGGUAUUGUCUGCUGCGCUACGGCGAGGUUAGGGACUGAGAUUGUGGUGUGAUAAUGCGAUGUCGAGAAACGUGUCAUUAUUCUGCGUAU